GCCGCAAGGAGCGUUUAUAAAGAAAUCGAACAUAGUGUCGAGUCGGUCUUAUAAACUACGCGUGUCACCGAUAGGCGCGCUAUUUCUGCGUCUCCAUGGUCGAAUCGUUAGUUUAGCAGUGAUAGCUUACACGUGACUUUAAGCGUAAAAAAGACAAACUAUAGGACAACCGAGUACAACUGACGUGUCCUUAAUGCAGAACAACGUGGCAAAUCUAAACCGUUGCAAGUUUAUCUGUUUAGUUCUUGAGGCGACGGAGCCAAGACAGUCAUGAAUCCUGUCCUACAACUAUAGCUUGUACAACAAAUACAACAAAAAUUUACAUCUUGCCGAGAUAUCAUUCACUGGCUUCGCGUACAGUACCGUUUUACAAGCAGAAUUAAGGUUAACCGUCGGUAAUGACCACGUCAAUGUUGUUACUUCUGUCACAACAUAAAUAAUUCAUUUUGUUUUCGUGCAAGUGGUUCUUCCGUUAGGAAAUGACUGCGUGUCAUUUGAUCGAGGGAUUCAAGUCCGGAAAAUUUUGGAGCGGUGUAUCGAUACUUACGCUCUAACUCAUGAAACGUAUAAUAUUGUUGUUAAAAGUAAGCGUGACAAAGUUCGGCAGUUGACGUGCGCGUUAGAGGAACAUCUGUUCCAUCGAGAAUCGGUUCUUAACGUGUAUGAGAUUGUGAUUGAUUACUUUCGUCGUUCUCCAUGGGUCCAAGAAGGAAAAUGACGAAGGAUGUCAGCGCCGAGGAUGGAGUCCAGGAGUAUAACCAUAUACAAGAACAUUCCGAUUUACGAGGAGACGAGAGAAAUAUAGCUGUUCUCUUAUUUUUGUACCUGUUGCAAGGCAUACCAUUAGGCUUAUGCGGCUCCAUUCCUAUGUUACUGCAAAACAGAGGUGUUUCGUAUCGUCAGCAGGCUGAAUUUAGUUUUGUUCAAUGGCCCUUCUCAUUGAAAUUGUUCUGGGCGCCGAUAGUGGACUCUGUGUUUUCCCAAAGAUUUGGAAGACGGAAAACAUGGUUAAUUCCUACUCAGUAUUUAAUGGGUUUCUUUAUGCUCCUUUUAUCAAACCACAUAAAUCAAUGGCUAGGUGAUGAAAGUACAAAGCCCAAUAUAGAAAUGUUGACCAUUUUAUUCUUUGCCCUGAAUGUCCUUGCUGCUACACAAGAUAUAGUAGUCGAUGGUUGGGCCCUAACAAUGUUAAAAAGAUGUAACGUGGGUUACGCGUCAACGUGUAAUAGCGUGGGACAAACUGCUGGUUAUUUUAUUGGCUAUGUACUUUUCAUGGCAUUGGAGUCUGCUGAAUUUUGCAAUAGUUAUUUAAGAUCCACUCCUUCCAGUGAGGGCAUAGUAACAUUACCUGGGUUCCUUUAUUUUUGGGGUUGGAUGUUUUUAAUUGCAACUACUUUGGUUACAUUUUUCAAACACGAGGAUUCUGAGAAAGUACACAGAGGGGAAGAAUUAAAUACAGAUAUCAAACAUGCGUACAAAUUACUUUGGAAUAUCGUCAAAUUGCCGUCUAUAAAGACGCUUAUUAUAUUCCUGUUAACUGCCAAGAUCGGGUUUUCCGCGUGCGAUGCUGUAACUGGUUUAAAACUAGUAGAAGCGGGUAUACCGAAAGAAAAAUUUGCUCUUAUGGCUGUGCCUCUGAUACCUUUACAGAUAUUAUUACCAUUAGCAAUUUCAAAGUACACAGUUGGUCCAAAACCCAUGGAUGUGUACAUAAAGGCAAUGCCUUAUAGACUAGCCUUUGGACUGGUAGCAGCAUUUUUGGUAUGGGUAACACCAUACGUAGCGAGUGGUGGACAAGUUCCAGCAUACUACUUUGUAGCUCUAAUAGUUCUCUAUUUAAUACAUCAGGUUUUCACAAGUAGUAUGUUUGUGGCGUCAAUGGCGUUUUUCGCAAAAGUUAGCGACCCCGCCGUCGGUGGUACUUACAUGACGUUGUUGAAUACGUUAUGUAAUCUCGGGGCUAACUGGCCAGCAACGGCGGCGCUUUGGUUUGUCGAUCCAUUGACGUUUCGACAGUGCAGCACCGAUCCCUCGAAUGACUGUAGCACAAUUUCGGAAAGAGAGCUCUGCACGAACACGCACAACGGCGUUUGUAAUAUGCAGCUCGACGGUUAUUACAUAGAGAGCAUCUUAUGCUUGAUCAUAGGGUUCGCUUGGCUCAGGUGGGGCCAACGAAAACUGGAGGUCUUGCAAGCGAGACCGAUGUCUGCUUGGAAAGUUAUUCUUUCGAAGCAGAACAGAUAACAGUAUUGAAUCGAUGUUGCAACUCGUUGACACGGUACUUGUAAAUAUAUUAGGAAUGUAUACAAUUUGACUACGCCCAUACCGAUCGUAUGCCGGCUAUGUGUCGGGUAAUUUUCCCGGACGUCUACCAAGUGUUCCAAUUUUUUUAACGCAACACGAACCGAGUUUGUGAACCUUUUUUUUUUUUUUAAUUAAAUUUGUACUUUUCCAACGAACAAUACUUGAAUACAUGAAAAAUAUUCGUUACGAUGAAGUAACGUUUACAGGACAUUCGAUGCCUGAUUUAUAACGAAGAUUUACGCGAGAUUCAUUUACAUUUGGCACAAUAUUACCAUUAACCAAGUACUGCGUACAUUGUGAAAUUAUUUUAGCCGUGUGUGAGUGUGUCGUAUAUUUAAUAACGACAUGUAGUUUGCAUCGCGCAUUACAACUCCAUUCCUUGUAGGUAUACAGGGUGCUUCGAUAAUGGCGAUACAAUUAGGCCAGUGAUUUCCCACGAAUGAUAAGCGAAGAAUAAAAUUUGUUCAUACGGGUUUUCAUUUUCAAGAAAAUCGAGUUCGUGAAAUUUAUACAUAGUUUAUGUAUAUAUAUAUAUAUAUAUAUAUAUAUUAUCAAACUCGAUUUUCUUGAAGAUAAAUUGUUCGUAAGGCAAAAUUUUCGUUCGACUUAUUUGUUCGUGAAAAAUCACUCGGUGUUCCGUUGUACCACCAUCGCCGGAACAUCCUGUAUAUUGUAUCGACAUGUUGCUCAUAAUAAAAGGUAGAACUUUUUAUGCGAAUCGCGUGUGUUAUCCUUCCACGAAGGUUAGUGGAAAUUUAGUUAGGAUGUAAAAUAUGUAAUAUAUCGCACUGGUUUAUAUUUAACGAUACGUACUAUUGGUCUUGGACAGUUUAAUCAAACAGUUGCGUUUGUUCGCAGUACUUAUAAGUCUCUAUGUAUAAGUACAUGAUGUUAAUAAAAGUUUUCCAUACGAAGAGCUUGGUAGUCUUACCUUCCUUGUGUGUGCGUGCGUGGGUGUGUGUGUGUGUGUGUGUGUGUGUUUUACACGUAUGGGACGUGUAUCAUUUGUUCAGGAUGGACAGAGAAAAAAAAUAAGGAAACUGUACGAUCAUCUUAAUAUGGUAACCAAUAAUUUUAUUCUGUUUACUAUCCCAUCGCAAAAGGAACCGAAAAGAUGAAACGGUAUCUACCGCAUGCACUUAAGUAUUAUCUACCACUUGCGCUUAAAUACGUCUUGAAAUAUUUACAAGGCACGUUUAGAGUCGUUUGAGAGUCGUUCGUUAUAUAUCUUUAUCCGCUGCUUUUUUUUGUUUCUUUUCUCUUUACUUACAACAGCCCGGUCGCAAAUCUGCCUUGCGAUCAUCCUUGUUAUACGUUGCUCUUUUUUUCGGGUGCUUCAUUCCCGGUUGCAUGGAUCCG